UCGGAUAGCUUCUGGGCCUCUUUCUGAAAGGCACGGGGAGGUGCGUGUGCGUGUGUGUGUGUACGCGAGAGCGAGCGUGUGUGCAAUAGCAGAGCCUCCUCCAUACCCCAACAGAGGGCCUGAGACAGCAGCAGGAGCAGCCAUUGUUCAGGGAAAACCUUGCAAACAAAGGACGGGCUUCCUCUUUUUCGCUGAAGCCUUCCUGUUCCUGCUCGCUGCCAUUCGCUCAGCUAGGCCUCUCGGCAGCUCCCCGACUCCGGUCCUGUUGAAGCCCGGCUCCUGCCUUUUAUUAUUUUCAUUUUAAACUUUUUUCCUCUCUCCAUGGCUGGGUGGGAGUAAAGCACCCGCGGGCGGCGAUGUGCUGAGUUGCUGUCCUGCAUUCUCCCGCUUCCCCAGCCCCGCAAGAGCGACGCUCCAACACUUCUCCCCAGGCUGUUCCUCUAAGUCAUUCAAGCUGUACUCUCCAAAGGAGCCCCCAAACGGCAACGCCUUCCCCCCUUUCCACCCAGGCACUAUGCUGGAUCGAGAUGUCGGACCGACUCCUAUGUAUCCACCCACGUACCUGGAGCCUGGAAUUGGGAGGCACACACCAUAUGGUAACCAGACUGACUACAGGAUAUUUGAGCUCAAUAAACGGCUGCAAAACUGGACAGAGGAAUGUGACAAUCUGUGGUGGGAUGCAUUCACCACUGAGUUCUUCGAGGAUGAUGCCAUGUUAACAAUCACUUUCUGUCUGGAAGAUGGACCAAAGAGAUACACAAUUGGCCGUACCCUGAUCCCUCGCUAUUUCCGCAGUAUCUUUGAAGGGGGUGCUACAGAGCUGUACUAUGUCCUGAAGCACCCCAAGGAGUCCUUCCACAAUAAUUUUGUCUCGCUCGACUGUGACCAGUGUACUAUGGUCACUCAGCACGGCAAGCCCAUGUUCACACAGGUUUGUGUGGAGGGUCGCCUCUAUUUGGAGUUCAUGUUUGAUGACAUGAUGAGGAUAAAGACAUGGCACUUCAGCAUUCGGCAGCACCGGGAGCUCAUUCCCCGCAGCAUCCUUGCCAUGCAUGCACAAGACCCCCAGAUGCUGGACCAGUUGUCCAAGAACAUCACCCGAUGUGGGCUUUCAAACUCCACACUCAACUACCUCCGACUUUGUGUAAUCCUAGAACCAAUGCAGGAGUUGAUGUCACGGCACAAGACCUACAGCCUCAGCCCUCGGGACUGCCUCAAGACAUGCCUCUUCCAGAAGUGGCAGCGUAUGGUAGCACCACCUGCUGAGCCAGCACGUCAAGCGCCCAGCAAACGCCGGAAAAGGAAGAUGUCGGGGGGCAGCACCAUGAGCUCUGGUGGUGGCAACACAAAUAACAGCAACAGCAAGAAGAAGAGUCCAGCCAGCACCUUCGCUCUCUCCAGUCAGGUACCUGAUGUGAUGGUGGUGGGCGAGCCGACCUUGAUGGGCGGGGAGUUUGGCGACGAGGACGAGCGCCUUAUCACACGGCUGGAGAACACUCAGUUCGACGCUGCCAAUGGCAUUGAUGAUGAGGACAGCUUCAACAACUCUCCCGCACUGGGCGCCAACAGCCCCUGGAACAGCAAGCCCCCCUCCAGUCAGGAGAGCAAGUCUGAAAAUCCUACGUCGCAAGCAUCGCAGUAAAGCCCCCACCCACUGCCCAGCCUGGCCUGGUCAUGACUUGGCUGGUGCCCCCUCGGACUGAGUCAAAACCGUUCUACCUGGACAUUUGUGAAGAAGAAUGGCUGGCUGGCUGGGAAGGUAGCAGGGCUGAUGGGCACUGCAUUCUACCCACCCGCCUGCCUUUGGUUGGCCUGACCAUCACUCCCUGUUGUCUGCACUCUUUGCUGGGCCCCUUAGGGCAGACUUGGGGCACUGAGACCUGAUGGAGCUUUGAGUUCCCUCUAGCUCCAGCAGAAUUUUAAUUCUUUCUCUUCCCUUCCCCUCGUCCCAUGUAUCCAGAGCCCUGGAUGCCACAGGCUACCCUCAUGGGGAAUGGGGUUCUAUGUUCAUUACAUAUGCAGCUCCUCAGCACCUGGUCACUGUGCCUGAUUUGGUUAGACAUGGGCCAAGUGCUUCUGCUGAUUUCACAGAAUGUCUACUUGAGCACGUUUCAUCUUCCCUGUUCCAUAUUCAACCUCCAGUGGCUCCCUUCCAGCAAGAGAGUCUGCUGACCGUGAGCUGACAACUCUAUGACUCGCAAUGGGGGCAGCUAAGAUUUUGUGGGACAGGUCUCAGUCAGUCCCUGUUGGCGGCUGUAGGUGUGGUAGAGCAAGUAUUUUUGUUCUGCUUGAAGAACCCAGAAAACCAACGUAGGGGUGGGUGGAGUUGGGGGUUUAACAACUCCUGAAAGGUUAGUAAACUACCCUGCAGUCACAUGGGAUGGGCACAUGUCCCGUCAAGUCUGAUCUUUGGAUGUAGCCUACUGCCCAACCUGCUCCUGCAGAAAACUGCUUUCUUGACCCCCCUCCCAGUACUUGGUUUUUUUAAAAAAAUUAUUAUUAAAAUUGUAAGUUAAAAUUAAAAAAAAAAACAGUAAGCAAAUCUGCCCUCCCUCCCUGUGUCCCCCAAUCCUGAUUUUUGUACAGGCUUGUCUACCAAUCCGGGAGUCUUGGCUUUUAUAUACAGUUCUGAGAGCUUCAAACCAAGGAGAGACUUUGCAGACUUCCUUUAUACACCCUUUGAGGACAGCAUGGCUGCCCCACUUGCCCCCCUCUGUGUAACUCGUGUGUGCUGCUGUCCCUGCUCCCCCCUUCUCUACCACCCCCCCUUUCGGGUUUGUGUACCUUGUGCUUGUAUAUUUCUGCGAUGUAGGCCGUGUGUAUGAUACUGUUUUUCACUGUGUUCUCACUAAUGCAGCCACCCCAACAGUGGUUGGGGGAGUUCAUUCUGUUGGGCAUCCUUCUUGGGAGGCAGGAGAGUUCAGAGGGGUCUGUCACCAGUUUUACAGCAGUGAGACAAAUUGAGGAACAGGGCUGACAACAGGAUCCCUCAGGAAGCAACAUCUGGGGAGCUUGGUCCCCGCCCCCCAUGAUCUCUCAUGUUUGAAUUUCAUUUAUGCUCUUCCACCUGCAUUUUGUGCUCCCAGUUUUGUCCUGUGUGUCCUGGAGGGAGGAUUCUCUUACGUCACGUGGCCUGGAAGACAUAAUGUGGGGAGCGCUUUUUCCAUUUUGAUAAUGAAAUACAGAGUAGUGUGAGGUGUUUUGGUCAUCUCACGACAUGGGCUGGUUGUGAGUUUGGUGGCAUUUGGGGGACCUCGUCUGGACUGUCACAGCAAGCACCCCCUUGCCUCGUUGAGGCUGUUUUUCCAAGCUGCAAGGGUAUUCUCCUUUGCAGGGUUGUUGCCAUCCUUUCGCCCUCGAGCUGCUGAUACUUCAGAGGGGUCUGUGGACCUCUGGGGCAGAGUUUUCCCUCUGAAUCAUGCCCAGGAAUCCGAGAAAUUCUUCUCUCCCCUGAGGGAGCCCAGCUGGGUCAACGUGAAACAUGUUCAUGGGAGGCUGGUCACUUUUAUGUUACUGGGCCUGGACACUUCAUCCUGCUCCAUCCCUGGGAGCAGGCAAUAGUCAGUACUAUGAUUUACAGGAUGUUUUCUGUAUCUUUUUGUACCUAAAGAUAUGAGUGUCACGUCCCCCAUUGCUGUGGCUCGGCAUGAAUUGGUGACGUGUACUCCGUCCCCUCUCCCAGCCUUUGCUCUUCCCACCUACCCCCACCCUGGGGCACUGUAAAGCCUUUUUUUUUUUUUGCAUAGUUUGUGCCAUUUAUGGUCAUGUAUGGUACCAAUAAAACAACUUUUCGGUUU